UACACCGAAAGUGCAGCAGAUCCGCAGAGCAAGAGGCCAAGAUUAAAGUGCAGUAUUUGUAUUACCUAUAUCAGCCUCCGUAUCGUCCAGCCCUUUGAAAUAUUUAGUUAUCUGUGAGAACAAUGAGUGGCCAGAAGUUUUCUUUAUCAUUCACAAAAACAAUAGAAAAGAGAACCCUUCAACCUUCCGCUAUCCGAAAUGAUGCACCCCUUGAAGCGAAGGUUAAUAAGGAAACUCUCGAAUCCAUUGAGGAAAAUGUCAUGAAAACAGAUGCUAAACCAGAGGAACCAGACCUAGUCAUCCCUAUGAUUUCAACAGACCGGCUUGGUAUAUUGAGGAAAAUAGCAGAAACAAAGCUUGCUGGAGCUGGAAAACCUGCAGAUGUAAAAGAGUCAACUUCAGAUAAUGCUAAAAAAGAUAAGGAAGACAUUUCAAAAGAGCAAAAACCUUUAACUCUAGAAGAACAAGCAGAAGCUGCAAUAUUGGAAGAGACUAAGAAAAAAUUAGAGAACUGGAGUGACCAUGGUGCAUCAGACAGUCUAGCUAUUGCCCGAGCAAAUGAAGAUGGCAGUAAGGAAGGAGAACCUUCUCAUGGUAAAGAAUCCUCCUUGGAUGAUUAUGAUCAGGUUGAAGUCUCAGUAUUCGGAGCAGCCCUUCUUCGAGGUAUGGGUUGGCAGAAGACUGAAGGUAUAGGUCGUCAUACUAAAAAAUUUGUGGAGGUUAUUGAUCCAACAGCAAAAACUUUUGGCCUCGCAAAUAAACCUGGUGAUCCUGGAAGGAAAGGUGGAGAAAACCUGACUGGAGAUCAGGAAGAUCUACUCAUGGCUAAGGGAUCUUUUGUAUUCAUUCAUAGUGGAAGGCACCGAGGAACAUAUGGCAUUGUUGAAUCACUGGAUGAAGAUCACUUGUUAGUGAAAUCUGCAGUUGGACAAGAUGUUAUUCGAGAAGUGGAACCAAAUGUGAGAGUUGUUUCUCAGAAGGAAUACAAAGAUUCAUCUCGCGUGAUCAACAAGGAUAUGUAUGACAAAUUUAAGGAAGAGGAGGCACAAAAGAAUGACAAAAACAAGAAUAAAUCUUCAAAGAAUGCUGAAAAUACUAGAAAAGAAAAAGAAAUAAAAGAGGAGAAAUUGUUAAUUGAAAACUCAGACGUAAGAGAAAAAGUUAAACUAAGCAGCCGAGGAACUGAGAAAGGUGAAUUUCAAAACAGAGAUAAAAAGAUCAAGGAUGAAAAGCUUCCAUUAGAUAAAAGAGAAUUUGCUGAUGAUCACAGUUUGGAGAAGCAUGAAGAAACGAGAGAGAUAAAAAAAGAAAAAGCAUGGUCAGAAUUAGAAAAACAAGGCAGCAGUAGUAAAUAUGAUGAUAGAAAUAGAUAUGAAACAAAGGAUAAAUACAAAGGAAAAUCUGAUAGCAGCAGCGACAGAUACUCAUCUUCAUAUGACAACAGAAUUGCAAGCAAAUCUCGGUAUUAUGGUGACAAAUAUCAGGAGAAAUACAGUAGUAGUACAGAUGACAAAUACAGUAGAAGAUCAGAAAGUUCAAGGGAAAGUAAUGUGCACAAAAGGAAAGAAAAGGAAACAAGUGAUUAUAGAGACGACUUCAAGAAAGCCAAGAAAUUACAAGAACAGAUGCCAGCCAUUCCAUGGGUCUGUGAAAACCUCAGAGUUCGAUUGAUAAACAAAGACUACAAGGGGGGCAGGUACCACAAGGAAAAGGUUAUUGUGAAGUUUGUAGAGACAGCUGAAAGUUGUGAGUGCGUAACUGAAGAAGGUAAAACUCUUAGAGAGGUACAUCCAGCUUGGUUGGAAACUGUCAUUCCAAAAAGGGAUCCACAAAUUGUUCUGAUAGUUAAAGGAAAACAAAAAGGACAGAUAGGGCGUAUAUUGCAACUUCAUAAAGAUCAAGAAAAGGCUUCAGUACAACUUUUAGAGGACAAAACUAUUAUUUUGAAACUUCACUAUGAUGAUAUUUGUGAAUAUGUUUCACAAUAUUAAAUUACUACAGGCUUAAUAACCUUAAGCAUUUCAAGGGUAUAUUUUUUAUUUAACUAAGCUUUUCAGAGGUAUAUUUUUAUAGUUAUAUUUUGUAAACUACUGGCUUUUAAAUAAAAUUUUUAUUUAUAAAUUACAUACAUCUCAGUCUCAAGUUUUUAGAUGGUCCAUCCACAUACUGACUGAAUAAAGUAUUUACAAUUGCUAGCAAAAAAACAAAACCUAGUUCUUCUAUGAUAAUUUGUUGCCAUUAAAAGUUAUUUAACAAGACAAACUAAAAAAAAUUUUACUCCAUCCAAAACAGACGGGUACCAUAGCGUGCAGUUCCUUUGACGGGUGGAGGAGGAAUUGGCUCGGCAGCUCCUGGAAACUCUGGAAGAGCUUCAGGUUCUGGCAAUGGUCUGUAAGGAAACUUUCAUUAAUGUUCAUUCUGCAUCUUAAUAAUUAAUCAAAACAUUAAUGGUAUAAGUAGUUAAAAGUGAAUACCACAUGAAAAUGACAAGUCAGUUAAGUACAACACUUUCAUGUGCUUAUUCACACAUCUUGGGGCCACAUAUAAGACAGGUGAAAAGGAGGUUACAAGGUAAACAAUAAGAACAAGAUUACCAGAUUGUUAACUGUCAAAGAAUAAUCGAGAUAAUCUGGGAUCAGGCAGUCACAAACAAAAGCCAUAGACUUAACCAUAAGUGAUACAAAGGCUUAGCCAUACAUAAUCCAAAAACACGUAUGAAACUGAAUACUAAUUUUGUUGCUUACUAUUUAUAAACUUUCUUGAUUAAUGAAGGUAUUGAAUUUAAACAAACCAAGACUUAAAUUUAGAACACUUCCAUUAUUUGACUUGAUAAAACAAGACUCAAUGAUAUUAUAUUCCUUUUAAGUGUGUCAUUACAUGGGACUACAGAUCUUGCUUCACUCCAGUCAGCAGGAUGAUCUAUUUGUUUGUUUGUAUGGUAUUUUUAUGUUGCAUGGAACCAAUGGUUAUUCAGCAACGGGACCAAUGCCUUUAUGUGACUUCCGAACCACGUCAAGAGUGAACUUCUAUCACCAGAAAUACACAUCUCUAACUCCUUAGUGGAAUGGCCGAGAAUCGAACUCGCGGUCACCGAGGUGGCAGGCCAAGACCAUACUGAUCACGCCACCGAGGUGCUAGCAGGAUUAUCUAAAUCUCUUAUAUAUAUAUGCAUAAUGCAUUUGACAUUUGGCCAGUUCUCACAGAAUAUUGGUGUUGUUUGAUUCGUUGUGAAAAUGCUUUUCGUUUGUCCGUAAUAUAUUUGAUCAAACUUUUAGAAAGAAUUUCAUAUAUGCAGCCAGGAACAUCUUUAGAAUUUCUGCUACUACUCUCAGCAUUAAAAUUACUGAAAACAUUUAUGUUGAAAAGCUUUAAAAUUUUAGGAAUUUCUAAAGACCUUUCAUCAUAUGGUAAUUUAAGAAUGAAAAAACUUUCAUCAUAUAGUAAUUAAAGAACUAUGCUUACUAAAUGCAAUUUUGUCAUUAGUUAAAUGUUUUCCUGGCUCUUUUCCAUGCUACAUCUACAAAAAAUUCUUGAUAAAUAUAAGCAAUGAAAUUAGUACUCAGUUUUAUGCAUUUUGGAUUUUGUAUAGCUAAGCCUCCAUUUCUCUUAGGUUAAAGUAUGUAUAUGGUUUUUGUUGGUGACCGCAAGAUCCUGGAUUAUCUCUGUUUAUUACUGUGACAAUUACACAUCUGGUAUUCUCCUUCUUUUUGCUACCUUGUAAGCUUAUCAACUGUCUCAUUGGUGCUCUAAAGAUGUGUGAAUAAAUGUGUGAAACCACUGGGUAUUGAAUGUCUGCCUGUCAUUUUCCUGUGGUAUUCACUUACUUAUAUAUUGAAGUCACAUGCAUCUACUGUGAUUUUCAAACAAUAUGUAGUUAUUAUUAGUAAAAUAGUUUACCCAGACCACUGAGCGGAUUAUCAUCUCUCAUAGGGCUGGCCUAUAUAUGCAGUACAAAUGAUACUUAGUGCAACGUACUCAAACAAUUUGAAGUGUACAUGAAACAAAAACAUUUCAUUUGAACUGCUUAUACCUACUAUAUUUCACACACUGCCAUCAACAAAGUACUGUAUAACA